AUGGCGACUUCUACGACUACACGAAGAGCCCAGGUGUUUGUUGGAGAUCUCCCGGAGGACUUUCUCCGGAUCGGAGGCGGACCAGCCGUGCAGCAACAGCAGCAGCAGAUCACGUUGGACGAGCAGACAGCCAGGGCGCUACAGUUCGGAGGGCAGAGUCAGCAAGCGCAAGGAGGAUAUGGAUCAUUUGUCGGUCGACUAAGCAUCACAAUUGCUCAGGCAAGAUUAGCCAAGAACUACGGCAUGACGAGGAUGGACCCUUACUGCAGAGUGAGGGUGGGACAUGCAGUCUUCGAGACACCGACUGAUGUGAACGGAUCCAAGAAUCCAAGGUGGAACAAAACCAUUCAGUGCAACCUGGGCCAGGGCAUCGAUUCUGUUCACAUAGAACUCUUUGAUGAGAAAGCGUUUACGACGGACAAUAAGAUUGCGUGGGCGCUGAUCACUGUACCGCCCUCUGUGAUGACCGGAGAGACGAAGGACGAUUGGUUUCCUCUGACGGGAAAGCAAGGCGAAGACAAGGAAGGGAUGAUCAACUUAAUCUUCUCUUACACGCAAGUGCCAGUGAUGCCGAUGAUGUACCAACCUCCACCACAGCAGGUCAUCUACGGAGGUCAGGUACCCGUUGCCAUGCCACCAACGUACGGAUACACACCCGUUGCAGCACCAGUUGCAGCCUACCCGCCUCAUCAGGUACCCCAUCAGCACCCACCACCACACGGCCAGCAGCAGCAGCCGCCACCACACCUCCAGCAGCAGGUGCAAAUGCCCCCACAACAGCAGCCUCCGCAGAUCACCCAGGCUGACCUCCAGGCACUCCAGGAGAUGUUCCCCGGGUCGGACUCUGAGGUCAUCAGGUCAGUCCUGGAGGCCAAUGGGGGCAACAAGGACGCAACGGUCGAUUCACUGCUCCAGAUGACAUGAGGGGUCAGAGAGGGGACGGCAUGAUUUUUUUAAAUUAAAAACGGUACGUAGAGCAAUCAUCAAUUCCGACAUAGGGUGGUUCCUUGUAUUGUGGCCCAAAUGCAGGGCCCCACAUUAACUUUUCUAGAAGGGAUCCAGAUUGAACUUUUUACACUCUGUAUAUGUAUGAGCCCUAUGAUGUGAAAACUUCAAUAUUUUUGGUGGCCGGAUUGAUAUUGUUGGUGUCCAUGUGUCCCAGCGCACGUAAGUAUCGAGCACUGCCAUGUAACAAAAAAUGUUGUAUCCAUUUACUUUAUCUAGACAUGAACAUUUGCUGGUUUGACUAAAGUAUUUGCAAGUGGUAAUGAAAUCUACUCUAAUGCAUACCUGGGACACAUUGGCAACUUUUACAUUGUGUUCGAGCAUACAGACUGUAAAAAGUUUAAUUCAGGGCCGCGAUGCCCAAAACUUACUAUUGAUCGUAACUUUGCCAUCAAUGGUAUCUACCAUGGAAACCUUGAUUCUGAUUGGCUGUUGAUCCCUGUUACCAUGGUAGUUGCCAUUGAUGGCAAAGUUACCAUCAAUGGGAAGUUUUAUGCAACAGGGCCCGGGGUCCCCUUUCUCAAAAACCGUUUAGUGUGGAGCUGUGCAGAAGAAAUCAUUAGUGAAUAUUAUAUCAAACGAUUCUCAUUGUUAGAUGGAAAAAAGGGAUAAAAGGUGUAUUUCAUAAGUAAUACCGUUCUUAGUCACGGAAUCAUCCUAAGUUGUGUGAAGGGAAUCAACCAUUAAAAACAGAUUUGCUCUUUAUUUUUGAGGUUUCAUACUGGGCCAAAAUAUCAGCUUCAAAUAUUACAUCUGUGAAUCUUUCCAUAAAACUUUAGGCCUAGAUCUUGAAACAGUAAUUAUGCAAAAGGGUGAUUGGUUUCCUGUCAUACAAAAAACACAUUUUAAAUAAUUUCUUCUGUGCAGUAAAUAAUUUUAAUCGUUUAUGAAGUCUUAUGGCAAAAUGUUGUCUCAGUAAAGAAGUAUUUAUAUUAGUUUCAUGUCGGUCAAAUCAAAAUUGUCUGGACACAAAUACUUAAUAAUUCCAUAUAUUUCAUGUUUAAAAAUUUGUUUGUACAAUAUUUGUUGUACAAUAUUUCUUGCUUCAAGCAAAUUAAAAAUUAAGCAAGCUACUGAAAUUAUUGAAUAUUUGAUGAAAAUUGUACCAGAUGUCUAUUCCAAACUGUUAAGACAGUUAUUUAUACAAAUAUAUUCAUGACUAAUGUAUGUCAUGAACUUGUAGAUUAUCAUAUUGCAUCUUUAAUUGUAGACCUUUCAAUUAUAUUGGCUAACAGAAUAUUUAAGAAGUUCUAAAUUGAUAUACAUGUAUAAAAAUUGCUUGCAUUCAUAUGACAAAUUCUGCAGGUGGAAGAAAUUGGUUUAGAGACAAAUGUAUCUUACUAGUGGUUUGUAUUGAAGCUUUAGCUCUUUGAAUUGACCUUUAUAUUUGCAGUGUAGUCCAAUGUAUUCAAUUCCAUGUUUGCUUUGAAUUAAUUGACCUUAGUGGUAGGGACCAGCUCAUUUCAUAUGCGUCUUGCCAUCUCAUGUUUAAUCUGGGCGAAGCUUUGUGAGACAAUGGUUCGGCCUGUGAGUGGUCAUAUUUUAUAAAGUUCACAGCACAUGUCAUUUAAAAGAUACAUUUAUUACACUUGGGAAGAAAUAAGAUUAUGGUCGACCAACCAUUGAAAAUUAAAUUGCAUUGUUAAUUUUUGCAAAUUUUGAGUAUCAUUAUUAUUAGAUCAUGUCAUUGCUAACCCAAAAUGACCCUCUAACUUUAGCAAUAAAAGAUCAUGUUUAUAAUUAUAUGUUGAAUUCAAGACAAUAUACUUAAUUUGGGUGGAAAUUGUUUCAACUUUUUUGAAAUUUCAUCCAUAACUACGUCAUUUCAUAAUCUAAAAAAAGGUCCCACGUAUGUACAUAGACAGAACAACUCAGAUGGAUAUUGACCCAGAUUUAAUCUGGAAACAAAAAUGAAUGUCUUAUGUGAAUGUGCAAAGUUUCAGGUUCAAAGUCCAUGCGAUUAUAUGGAAUUAUUUCCAAAGUUAUGUUAAUUCAAAUUUAAA